GAAUAGGGUCUAAAAAAGAGGAUGGUACAACUUCCGAGAAGGUCGUUCGGGGUUGUUUUAUAUACCGUGAUUUUUUAGAAGUCUUUAUUUUAUGGGUGGAUUAAUGUUGUUCUAGAAGUCUAAAUGAUUAUAUCCCUACCUUGAGCUGUUGAUAUUGUAUGCAAAAGGGUAUUUUUUAAUUUGGUGAUGUGACAUUGGAUUUUGUCUCAAUGCGAGUGAAGGAAGGAGCAACUGGACCUGCCGAUAUGGGUAAGAAGAGAAACAGAACCAAGCAAACUGACUAUCAUAAUACAUCAGAUGAAGAAACCGUUAAAGGUAAAGAAUGUACCCAUCUUGAGAAGUCUGUCAGCUUGAAUGGUGUGAAGAAGGGUCUCAAGAAUUAUGGCUUUGGACAGUGCUCAUCAUGUACUAGUGAUAAGGGAAGUGGAAGCAGUGGUAAGAAAAGCAGUUCUGUUGAUGAAGUAGAUGGUGAUGUCUUUGAUGAGCCGGUCAUAUGGCUUUGUCUAGCAUGUGGAAGUCAGGGAUGUUGCCGUAAUAGUCCAGCCCAGCACGCCUUGAAACAUUUUGAGACACCUAGGUCAGGUUCACAUUCUGUAGCUGUCUGCUUGGCUAAUUGGAAUGUGUGGUGUUACAAGUGUGAUGAUGCAAUCAGCCCAUCAGAGAGCAAGAAAUUAGGAGAGUGUAUGGAUUGGAUUAAGAAACAGGCAUUUCAACAAAAACCUGCUGAAAAAUCAGCCAGUAAAAAGAAGAGCAAAGAAGCAGACGUUGAUGAGAGCCAUGUCAGAACAUCGUCAUCUCCAAUACGAUCACCACUACUUACAAGGGAGGGAUCACUACCUAAAGUUAGGGGGCUAAACAACCUUGGCAAUACCUGUUUCUUCAAUGCUGUAAUGCAGAACCUGACUCAAACCCAUGUCUUGAGAGAUCUUCUUCAUGAGAAAUGGUCAUCGGGUAAACAGCUUGUUGUUCCCACGGAUACACAUCUUUCUGUCUCCACCAAUCAAAAUGGAAUCGGCAAAGACUCUGAGAAAGAGCCAUUGGAACCGAUCACCAUUACAGUAGCUCCCCUACAGCCCUUGACAUCAUCAUUGAUUGAAUUCUUAGAUGAAAUGCAGAAACCAACCAAGUCAACAUCAAUCAAUCCAAGAGCUCUCUUCAAUCAAGUUUGCAAUAAAGCAUCAAGGUUUAAAGGUUACCAACAACAGGAUAGUCAUGAACUAUUGAGAUAUCUACUUGAUGGAAUGAAAGCUGAAGAGAUCAAGCGUAUGCAACAAGGAUUGACUUCAACUUUUGAUGUAAAGAAGGCCAAGGUGAAGAACCUAGACGAGGCAACUAAGAAAAAAAUAAAAGAGUAUGGUAAUCACAGCAAACACACAUUUGUUGAUACAGUGUUUGGAGGUCACCUGAUCAGCUCAGUCAAAUGCAACGAAUGUCUUAAUAUUUCAGAAAUUCUUGAACCAUUCCUAGACCUGUCUUUGCCAAUCACUGAAGCCAAGGGCAGCAAAAGAAACCUCUCAAGUAGUAAAAGCCUUGAUAGACCAUCAAUGAAUGACCAGCAGACGUCACACGACAGCGACAAACAGACCUUGGCUGCUACAGCUGCAGCAGCGUCAGUACCAGAGGAAACAAAACUCAGUAAACAUCAGAUCAAUAAACAAAAGGAGAAGACCAAAAAAGAAGCAAGAAGGAAAACAAAGAAAAACAGGACUCUUUCCCAAUCCGAGGAUCCCAUAGAUGAAAAGAAAGAUUCUCCCAUUCAGUCUGACAAUGAAGAAGAAGAAAGGAGAGAAGAAGGAGUCGGCUACCGAGAUCCUAACGAUGCGGACAGUGAGGCAUCGGUCCUUGAUCGUCUUAGUAAUGCUGGAAGCAGUAGGAGAUGCAGUGAACAGACUGCUGCAGGUGAUGUUGGUAUUGGUGGUCUGCCUAACAACCUUCCUGAAGUUCCAUCAGAGAAGGAGAACGAAGAAGCUCAUGAGUCGCAGAAUGGUUUGGAUAAGGUCGGAAGCACGGAUCGGCUGUCUUUGAGCAGUAGAGCCAGCACGAGUAGUAGUUCAAGUAGACUUAGUCCGUUGCCCCAGGGGAAUUCUUUCAAGGCAUUGGGUGAUGAACUCUCUGCAACGACGGAUGAUGAUAAGAGAACUGGUAGCGAAGAGGGCAAGGUGGUUAAGGAGAGUGGAGAUGUCAAAAACAUUCGUAACAAGAUGGCAUCGCUGGGUUUACAGGAUUCAGAAAAGAGGACAGUUCAAGUAGAAGAAAGGGCUGAUGAGAAAUGUGAGCAAAACAUGAAGGUUGAACCAAGUGUGAAUGAGAAUGGAAAGGAAGCGCCUAAAGUGAACGGCACUAUGGAUGAUUCUGAUGACAAGGCUGGUGAGAAUGGCAAGGAUGGUUCAGAUAUGCUGAAGAACAAGGAGGAGCCUCCGGUGCAGAACGGUGUGGAAUCUGAUGACCCUAAGAUUGAGAAGCUUCACGGUGGCAAUGAGAGAACUUUAAAUGGGCCCACUGGAAUAGCACCCCUAGCUAAGAUUCAUGAACUAGGUGAAAGCCUUGCCGAGUGUAAUCAUGUGGAUUCAAAGAAAAGUAAGAACACAUCUAAUGCCGCCUCAAAAGAAGAGAGCACAGCAUCUACAACGAACAAGAACAGUGGAUCUAAAAUGGGCAAGUCAAAACCCCAUCCAAUCUCAACUCAAACUGUCGCCAAGCUCAAUGCAAUGAGUCCUCCCGUUUCACCCGUAUCACCAACGAGCCGAGCCCGCGUUGCUUCGACCCUUGCCCCUAGGUACCAGCCUAAGAACCAGGAAUGCUCUGUGAUGUCUUGCCUCAACCAGUUCACAGCUCCAGAGCUACUCACAGGGACUAACAAGUUUGGAUGUGAGACCUGCACAAAAGCGCACAAAGUUGAAGGUAGAGAGAAGGUAAAGUAUACUGAUGCAAGCAAACAGCUUCUCAUCCAUCAACCACCACCAAUCCUUACCCUACAUCUCAAAAGAUUUCAACAGGUUGGUUACAAUCUUAGGAAGAUCACAAGACAUAUAGAGUUUCCUUCAAUCCUUGAUGUAGCUCCAUUCUGCAGCACAGCAUGCAAGAGAUAUGCAAACAGUGAGAACAGGGUUCUAUAUAGCCUGUAUGGUGUGGUAGAGCAUAGCGGAAGAUUACAGUUUGGUCAUUAUACAGCCUUUGUGAAAGUAAGACAACCAAAUCAGAAUUUAACCCUUUACACACUGGGAAUCCCAAGAACGUUAAAUCUUCUCAAUGAGACGUAUGAUCGACAAAGGACGGAGAAGAACAAUGAGGAGCGGCUCGCGAAGGAGAAGUUGCGGUCGUCUGGGAAGAAGCAUGAGGAGGGCAGCGAUGGAGAGAACACGGAGAAGAAGCCUGAAUCGCAGAAUAAAAUGAGCAACUCGGUAAAUCACUUGGUUCCAGAGCGAAACCACAUACAAAGCGCGGUUUUACCAUUUCAUGCCGGGCGUAACGUGAGUGUUCCGGUGGGCAAGUGGUACCAUAUCAGCGAUACGCAUGUGACCGAAGUGAACGAGAGUAAGGUCUUGAAUGCCCAAGCUUACAUUCUGUUUUAUGAACGACUUGUUUCAUAGUAAAGCUUCUUCCAGGUUAUGUUUUUAGUGCUGACUCAUGCAUGUACAUUGUCUUUGUGUUUCAAAUAUUCUCUUAUUAAAUAAAGCUUUGAUUGUGUUUCUGGGGAGUGUUUCAUCAAACCUCUUGUCAAUGAUUUUCAUUGACUAAAUUGCUCUUAGCCAAUCAGAUGCAAGAAUUUCAGUAGUUUAUAACAAUUGUCAGUGAAAGUCACUGAAAACUUGUUUAAUGAAAUGCUACCCAGAUGUUUGUUAAUACUAAAAAUCUUUACUUUUUGAAGAAGUUUUAAUCAUGUCAUAGAGGUACUUUUAAUGAAAUGACCUUUUGUAUAAGCAAUGAAAUUACACUAUCAACGAAAAACAAGAAACUUUGAUGAAUAUAAAUGAACAUCUUCUUCAGCCAUUUCUAAUGAUUUUUUGUUGUUGUUCAAACUGCAGAAAAUAUAAUUUACCUCAUGUCUAUUGAGAGAAUUGGAUGCCGUUAUAUGUCUGUAGUUGAUGGAAUUGAGUACAAAUCAACUUCAAAUAAUACAGAUCUAAGGAUACUGUCAAAGCUUUGAAGAAUAUAGCAUAGAUGAUGGGAUAUAUUCAACAAUUAUUUCAUGAUGUGCCAACAUUGAUAUUACUUGAGUACUCAAUUGCCAACAAAUAUGCAUUUUAUUUUAUAGAAAAUCCCUGGGUCUUGCUUCCUCUCUAUCUGCUAUAAAAUACAUAAAGUGUCUUUUUUGAGUAUGUUAAUGUGCUGCUCCAUGUGAAUCAGUGAACAGUGGCAUUAUAUAUCUAUUUUAUUCUUGUAUGUUGUUUGAAGAGAAAAGGUUAUUUGUGAAAAUGAAUCUCUGUUGAAUGUAAAUACAUGUAUGUAUGUAUACUGCAGCUGAUGAAUAUGAGUUCUGAUAUUUGUUUCUCUGACUUUCUUGAUGAUACCUCUGGAAUCCUUUUAUUUUUUUUUGUCUGAACACUUUCAAUAUGAACUACAUGUAGGCUUGAUCAUUCAUACGGGGGCUUCAAAACAACCUAAAAAUGAGAUCAUAGAUUUUUUUUUCUAGUGAAUGAAUUUAACUAAUACAGAGAUACAGACCUCUCUUUCUAAUACUCUUCGUUCUUCAUUCUUUCCUUUUUUAAAUUUUUAACUCUUUUGUCCUCUUCUUUUCUCCAUCACUUGAAAAAUAUCAAGCUGUGGAAGAUUCCACAUCACAUGAUUAUUAUGCACUAGCUUCUUAUUUAUCUUCCCUGUGAAAAUUCUUGGGGGGGGGGGUCUUCUUUUUUCCUUCUUUUUAGGUUACGUUGUCAGCAAGAUAUUAUACAAUGAAUUUAUAUAUGUAAAUUCAAGGAGCUUCGAAGUUAUGAAAGUUUUGAAGCUUCCCAAUUCCUAUCAUUUGAUGUUAAUGGUAAAUGUAGAUGUAGAUGCAAGAAAGAAGAUGUUUCAAUUUUUUAUUCAGAACCUUUCAACUCAUGGAUGAUGAUGAUUUUUUUUUAUAUCUCAUGUGUGCCUCCUGGUCCGAACAGCAUACAUGAGCUGAGAUAAUAGAGGACAAUCAAAAUUAUAUUAUUUCUUCAAGUAUGUAACAGCAUAAAUAUUAUGUGAGAAAAUGCAGUCAAAUGGUAUUCGAAAGGUUUGUAGAUAUUAAUGGUUUAUAAAUGUAUACACAAUGGAUUAUUGUACAAUGCGGGAAGUAGAGGUAGUAGACAAUGUCUCUUAUACAUGUAGAAUACAUUCUGACAUCUCAUAUUUCUAUCCAAUUCUUCAUCUUAUUUCACAGAUUUCCCAUUUCUCUUUGUGUAAAUCUCGUGUAAAAUAUCAUGCAUUAUAUUUGUUUGUCCCUUUUUGUCCCCCCCCCCCUCCUGGGAGUUGCUCCUUUAUUUAACAAUUGAAGUCAUCAGCUUAUGCAUCUUACAGCCUACAUAGUUCAAAGAUAACACACUCUUGAAAUAUCCUUCUGGAAGAUCAAAACCUGCACUUGGUGAUAGAGCAUUUGCACAUGCAGCUCCCAAAUUAUGGAACAUACUCCCAAACUAUAUAAGGGAAUCACUCAAUGUUAGUAUGUAAAAGACACAUCUUAAGACUUAUCUUUUCAGUAAUUCGUAUCAUUCAUUUUGUUAUGCGCAGCAGAAGAUAUUAUUACAGUAGCUGUGCAACAUAAAUACUCUUUUAUUAUUAUUUUUCUUUCCAGACUAGAAGCAUGUACAGUUAACAAUGUUUUUAAAUGUGUAUAUUUUACAUGUAUGUUUCCUGCAGUUUAGUUUUUAAAUGUAAUAUUGCAACUCAAACCAAUGUUGAAUGAAUUCAUGCUGCUUACAAGAGUUUCUUCCUGUAUAAAUGAAUUAGCCUGCAGGUGGAAAACGUAAUUUUGUUUUCAGAUCUCCGCUCUAUUGGACUUUGAUUUUUUUAUCUCUCAACAUUUCUCGUUCUUGUUUGUCCCAAUCAACUUUGAAUAUUUUAUUUCAAUUUUGUAACGCUUAUCUAUUAAGCUGGCCUUGAGGUUUUUUUUCUGAAUGUAGCCCUCGCUAUUGUGAAAAAAGCUUAGAGAUAAUGUUAGAUUGAUAAGUAUUUCAAAAUGAUCCAGAUAUAAAGUUGAUUCCAAGAGCUGCAGUCAUGCACAGUCAUGUUUGAUGUAUGUGAUGUGAUGUGGCUGCAGUGAUGUGUACAUGUAUGUGCACAAAAUUCUCACGAUCUGCUUCAAAAACUCCUCUAAACUCCUCUGGUAAUUUUGAAUUCAAAGUAGAUUGGGACUGCUUAUCAUCCAUAGAAGAAUGUUACUAGUCAGUGGCUAAAAAUGAUAUUCUCUUCACAUUGCCGGGGUGGUAUGCUCUUGUACCUGCUAUGAGCAAGGUUUCCAAGCUUUACAAACGCUUCAUAUCACCUUCGAAUUCAACCCUGCAUGUUUUAUCAUAUAAUAUUCUGUGUGUACUUGUGUAGAUUUGGAUAAUGAAUUAGAGAGAUAAUAACAAAAUGCAUUUGCUGAGAGAAAGCAGGAGAUGAAAAUACAUCGUGUCCAUGUAUUCUAUCAUUAAUUCAUGAUGAUAAUUUCAUAUCAAAUUCUUUCAGUGAGAUUGCAUGAUUAUUGAUAAAGUAAUCACAUGUUUUCCCAAUUCAUAGUCCAUCUAUGAAAGAAUUACGUACUUAUAUGCAUAUGUAUGUCAUGAGUGUUUGAUGAAUGUAAAGCAUUGAAGAAUAUAGUGAUUGUAUUAUUUAGAGAAAAAGGGAUAUUGUAUUUCUGAUAUAUUCAUGUCUGAUUCUGUACAUACAACAAGAAUUAUGUACAUUUCUUUCUCAGGGUGUAUUAUGCAAUGAAGUCAAAGCCUAGAUUACAGUUUUUCUCUUCUAUUUGGGAAUAUCAUACUUAUGUGGGUUUUAGUACCUCUCAUUAUACAUUCAUAUUUAGACAAAAGAUUUUUUAUUGCAACUGGUAAUUUAUGGAUCAUACAUAUUCUUUUAGAAGAUUGUAAUUCAUUUUAUUAGACUAGAUUUUCUAACACAUGAAAAUGUACAUUAUCCACGGAUACUGUGUAAUUUGAAUUAAUGUGCAUCAUUUCCAUGUGUCUAUCAGAUUUCAAUGCUCUAUAAGGAUUAAAUUGAGAUGCCCAACUACUUGUGUUGAAGCAAGAGAUAUGGAAACGAUAUGUGGACCUUCAUUGGGCACUUGAAAAAAAAAACUUGUUCCAGCGUAACUUACAAACAGGUUCAGGAAACAUCCCCUGUGCUUGGUCAAAAAAAAAAGAUAACUUAAUUCAAAUUACCUCAAAGGUAUGACCCAUCAUCCUAACAAAUGGUAAUUAUUUGCUUCCAUUUACCAUAUCUAUUAUUAUAUAUUGCCUACUUACAUGUAGCUUGCUCUACACAAUAAUAAUAAUAGCCAAUUUUUAUAAAGCGCUUUUCCCAGAAUGGCUCUAAGCGCUUUACAGCAUAUUAUUACCCCGUCAUUAGAUUCAUUUCAAUCCCGCACGAAAAGUGCACAAUUUCCACUCCCUGGGGAGCAUUCAUUGCUGCCUAAUGGCGCUGGCAAAUUAAAAUAUACAAUAUCUUUUGCAUCCUACCAGGUACCCAUUUAGCACCUGGGUCGAGAGUGGCUAAGUGUGGAUUAACGCCUUGCAAAAGGACGCUAUACCGUGGUGGGAUUCGAACACACGACCCUCUGUUUACAAGGCGAGAGUCAGAACCACUACACCACGGCCCUUACACAAGCAAAUAGAGGGUUGAAUACACAACAUACCAUUGCACAGGUAUCGUCCAAAGUGUACCGUUGCAUGGUUUAGUAUGUGACAUCACAAUACAGUCCAAUUCAGUUCACUAGGUAUAAGGCAGUACCGUAGGCGUAGGGUCUACCUGCGCACUUCUGCUGCAGGUAUGAUGCAUGCUUGAGAUGAAUCUCGCAGACAUUUUUUUUUUUUUUUUUUUUUGCUUUCAAUCAUGGAUUGACUUAGGGAAAAUCCAUCAUUUUUUUUUCCUAUUUCCAGCGUUGUACAAUCCAAAUAGCCAAUAUUCUUACUCAUGCAAUGCUUCAAGAUAUCACAUUCUGUGAGAGAGAGAGGCACUAUUCAAUAAAGCAUAGCUGAGUUUAAUAGUGUAUCUUUUUUUCACCGAAUGUGAAAUCUUUUACCAUUGCACUCAUGCCUAUUGGCUAUUUGUAUGCCAGCUGUCAUGUUGGGUUGUGUAGAUCUUGAAUCAAUGGCCAUAGAGAAAAUGCACUGGAUUGUUGUUGCAAGAAAUUCCUGUUCAUUUUGGUCGUAAAAAAAUCAGUCACAAAUCUUAUGAUUGAUUGAUGGAGUGUUUCUUACAAACAGACAGCAUGGACUGAAUGGUUGGAAUAGAAUAAUUUUCACAUUUGUCUUCAAUUGCAAACAAGCUUCUUGCAACAGAGUUCUUGAAGCUGAUUUUCAAGUCACCUUGCCUGGUAUGUAUAGAAGAUUACACUCAUAGAUCGCCAUAAUGAAGUCUGGUCUGAAGGUAUGAUUUAACUAUGGAUAGCCAAUUGUGACAUAAAUCUCUAACAGUAGAUGUUCAUAAUGUCAGCUCUUUUGACUCUCAAAUCAUUCUUAACUGUCUGGGAAGGAUAAAUAAGAUAAUUGUCUUCACCAUUAAAGAAUUAGGAAAGAGCACAUUAAACAGAAGCAUACUAUGUGAAUAAAUUUUGACAUGCUUGGCUUCCCAUAAUUUUAGCACAGUUCAGAAUGCGGGCCACAAGAUUUUUAUGAUGCAUAUUUUAUGCUCACACAAUCCUCCAGUGUUCAAUUAACGUAUCUUUUGUGUUACAGGUUCAAUUAAAAAAACAGAUUUAAUUAAGCAUUUAUGACAUCACACUUUAAUUCCCAAACACUUUGGUCUCUAUAAACUCAGUAAUUUCAUUUCUUUUGUAUUUCAUGUACAUCUAAACAUCUAAACAGUUUUCAGCUUAAACAUAACCAUUGUCAUUUUCAUGUGGGAAAGAGAGUAUAGAGCAAUAUAUAUGUAAACUACAUCUUUUGAACUGUUAUUUGCUAAUGUUGUUAAGCAAACAAUUAUUGUCUGUAUGAAAUGAGAUUUGUAUAAGAUAUCAAGAAUUGUGAUGGUAAGAAUGCAAAGAGAAGAGAGAUAGAAAGAGGAAGAGAGAUUGAAAGAGAGAUAGAAAGAGAAGGAGAGAUAGAGUGAGAAGGAGGGGGAGAGAGAAAGGAACUGUACAGAUUAUACUUGAAAUCUUCUUGAUUUUUACAUGUCUACCAUUGUCACGAACAUAUAAUCUUUAUAGUCAACUCUUCUGUUAAAAAUAAUAAAUAUCUUAGCCAUAAAAGGCUAGAUAUGCAACAUUA